ACUCGUAUUGUUAGUGGCUGUCUGCUUCAAUUAAAUGCCAUCUUCGGUUUUUCGAUUUUUAAAUGUUUGAUUUCUAUUAAUUGUCUGUAGAAGCACUUGUUGAUUUUCAGUUGUUCGACCGCAGAUAUACUGACUUGUGAGAUUUUGCUCAAUACUACCUGUAGUAUCAGAACGAGGUGCCCUCAGUUUCCGGAUCACCUGUAGAGCCGUAGAAAACGAACUGGAUCUGCAAACCUUCGAUCAACCAUGGCACAGGCGUUCGAAAUUAAACGUGAAGUUGGAGAAGCAGAAAUUCAGUGCGCGAUAGGACAAUCUGAAGUUAAGUGUGAAACUGGACAGGUUACGAUUAAAUACGAAAUUCCACUGGCGGAAAUCAAGUGUGAAACUGGACAGUCUGGCUUGAGCGUUGCAAAUUUGCUGCCCGAUUUCCCUGCGGAGUCUAAUCCUGUUGCCACUGGCGGGAAUUCUGACAAUGCUGCAGUGUCGGUGUCCAAAACGGAUCCCCAGGACUGCAAAGACCAGCAUAACUCCUUUGCUAACCAUAAGAUUAGCUGCGAAUCUCCGGAUCCAAAUCAAGGAUAUGACAAAUUUCUGGUGGCAGCUAGACUGAGCCAGUACUGUGUGCAGCCACGCAGCUGGCACCAAGAAAAUCACUUGCACUCGAACAACAACGCUGUUGAUCGUCCACCGCGCUGUAACGGCAACACCUGGAAUACGGCUGGUAACAACUGCAGCGCAGAGGGUCGUGGUCCCGGUGGAUACGGGGAGCAGGGACGUGGCGGCAGUCGUCACGGUGGUGGACAUUGGCAAGGCCGGGACACUCGGCGCUAUGGCUACCGCGGCCGGUGGAAUGAUCAGCCGUAUUACCAGCGACCACGCUGGCGAGGCAGGUGGCGUGGCGGUGCUGACUGGAACCGUGGCCGCAGCAAUGCCGGAUGGAACGAUGGGAAUGCCCGUGCCGGUCGUCAAACACAGCAAGGUGACUGGGACCCGAACGGGCAAACUGGAACGGUAAACCGCGGCACACAGAGAACGAUGCCGCAGCAGGUGCCGGUUCACUCGCAACCAACCGGAAUUGCGACCAUUUUAAAACAACAACCACAAAAGGAAGAUGUUGCUGGUGGAAGCACGAGUAUCCUACCACUCAACCGGCAAUCAGGAGUGUCCAUGUCUCAUGUCGUCUCCAUCGGUACAACGGUCAAAUUUUCUCCUGUUAUGGGCAUCGAACCGGUGAUGAAAAAUGGCACAAGUAUGGAUGUCCAGACGCAGCACUUCUGUAUCAGCUUAAUGAAGGAGUAUGACGAGAAAAGGAGCAUGGAAGAACUCCGGCUUGAAGACUAUCUGGCCAGUCACAAGACUGGAACAGCCACCCAGGCAGCCAGCGUAACGUUCGGAGGUUGCGUUAAGCCAGCUCCCCAGCAACGCUUGCCACUGCUUAGUUCGGGGUCCAUGUCUGGAUUAUCGGUUUUUGCGCACAGGAAUGCGGGCGGCGGACCGCCAGCGGGAAAUACAGUUGGUGAACUGGCGCAGGCAGCGGGUAAUGUCCCGGGCGGAAAUGUGCUCUCAUGGCUCAAGUUCGAUGGUUUUAACGGCAGAUCACUACCAGCGUCCACCAUCAGCGUUGAUGCCAUUGGCACGACGGUGAAGUUUGCGCCGGUUAGUGGCGCAGAUUCCGAGUUGAAAGACGGCAGAACUAUUAACAUUGAGACGAAAGCGUUCUGCAUUAGUAUGAUGAAAGAGUACGGCGAGAAGAAGAGCAUAGAGGAACUGCGAUUCGAAGAUUAUCAAGCAAGCGGCCAGAGCGUUACUUUAACCGCUGCUAGCGUGGGCUCGUUGGGGAUGUUCGGGCAGAAUCGACAGGCAACAGCCUUUGGAGGAUGUUCUUGUGGAGGGAAUAACGGAUUUUUAUUGGGGGCGAAUCGGUCACCAUUUGGCUCAUCUUUCGGUCAAAAUCCUUUUGGUCAGCUUGCGGUUUCACAGCCACCAUGCUUCUUUGGACCACCUGCAGCAAAUGUACCAUCGUGGACGGCUAGUUUUGGUCAGGCUGAAGCGCCAGCUAAUACUGGUUUUAAAUCAUUUGGUCUGUGCGGUAAUAAGCUCGAUUUCGCUGCUGCUCAGCCAUCCUUUCACACCUAUAGAAGUGCCGGUGGAACGGCUUCCGGCCAGUCGCUGUUUGCUCAGUCUCAAGGCUCAUUUCGGUCCAGUCCGUAUGCGGCGCACUGGACCAAGUAUUUUGGUGCGCAAUCUGCGAAUCAUUCAGCUUCAUCCAAAUUCGCCUCAUCUGCUAGCGGAGCGGUUUUCGGUCAAUUACCGACUUUUCAGACUCGAGGUUUGGCUGAAUCCAAAACCUUUAGUGUUUUUGGUCAAUCCCAAUCAGCUGCUACUGGAGGAGUUUUCGGUGGAGGCAGCAAUGGAUUUAUAUUUGCCCCACGAUCUGCUGAUGCACUUGCUUCCACUCCUAGUGGAAAUCGUUUCGGUGACGAUGUGUCUAGUGUGACGAAAUGAAAAAUGUGGCGCAGCGAAGUCGAGAAUUAAAUCGCUGGCGGUCAUGGAGUUUGCCGGUUUUGUUUUGUUAAUUCGAAGUCACAGAUUUUUAACUUUUUUUAGUCUGGUUAUUUGUACGAUAACUCAAAAGAAAUUAGUUAACAAAGUCGCAAGUCUGUUUUCGCUUUUCGAAGGUUGUGUCCGAUGUUUUCUAGAUGUUUUCGAACGGAUUUGGCUAGUGCUGUACUCGUACAGAUACAAUCGUGCUCACUAUGCAUGCACUACUGGUGUCUAAUUGUCUAUUAUAAAUUCUGUGGACUGG